AUGCAGGGACAUCACGCGUCCGACGUCUUGUACGCAAAGAGCGAAGCCUCCCAGACUCCCCACCCUCUCGCCGGUGAACCCACCGACCGACACGGCAUCCCGUUAUCCGUCGCGCACGGUCCGCAGACCAACCUUCCCGUUUGGCAGUUCAUUCAUAAGUUGACGACGCCCCUCCCGAACCCAAAGAGUGGCGAUCGCCCGUACACUCACAUCUGCGUCUUAUGCUCGGCCUCUCCGCCUGUGCGGGCCACGUCGAAGCGAACAGUCACGUGGCGCGACGCUCUGAUGCGCCAACGGAUGUCCACGAAUGCCGUGGCGCACAUGCAACGCGUUCAUCCGGACGAGUUCGUCACCAUUGCCGACUACAAGCAACGCAAACGAGAAGCGUUGGUAGAGAAAGCUGCCAAUGGCUCGAACGAACCAAAGAAGAAGAGAGUCAAGCGAACGCCUGGCCCCAAGAAGAAAUCCGCCACUACUCCUGACGAGAACCGGGAAGGUGCAUCGGCAGAUGAAGUGCCAGUCACUUCUGUGGUCAAAACGCAGACAACGGGAGUAUCGCCACGGAAGCGAACACCCGGCAAGACGACGGACCACGUCAGGACGUGGCUCAUCUCGUCGGGUUUGCCCGUGUCCGUGCUACAAGAUGCCUCCUUGCAGCAACUAUUGAAGCUCUCGAACUCAGCUAUCUCAGCGUUGUCGACGGCGUCGACUUUUAACGCUCAAGUGCAGGAAGAGUUUAUAAAGUUUAGCGGUUUUCUGGGUUUGUAUCUAGCUUCGGAGUCUCAAGCUGCUUUGGGGCUGCCGUUUCUAUCGCUUCGACACGAGUUCCGACCUAUCGAUGGAGCUACUGCCGAAGAUGGAGCGAGAGACGACGUUGUGUCGAACCAGGAGAAGGCGUUCCUUAGUGUGGCAGUUGGGUUCAUUGACUCGCAGUGGCGUCGAGUGGACUUGGUGUUGACAGCGAAGCAAGUGCCGAGAAGUUGGAGUCAACAAGUGAACCAACUUGUGACCCAGACUGUGUCGGACACGUACGGCAUCCCCUCCAUCUCCAAGUAUGCGCGGUUCCACGUGGAUGUCGUGGAGGCCUCGCCGUCGAGUCUUGCGGUUAGUGAAGGGUACGAAGCUUCCACGGACGAGCACGAGGAUGUAUUGACACGCACGUUGCGUCACUGCGUGGUCGAUGCACUGGGUGUCGGAGCCACGAGCUCUUUCGGUGGAGAGACGAGUGUUCGUCGCCUUGUCCGAUUACUACAAGAGCUUCUGACGUACUUUGAGGCGCCUGACCGAGCGAAUAUGCUGGCGGAAAUCGGGGCCAGGAACGCUGUGCAGGUGACGUUCUCUUCGGCUUCAUCCAUCGACGCCCUCGCACUCUCGUCCUUGACGUCGAUUGGUGCAAUGGCCGAGCUGUUGCGAGUCAGCUGCUGUCGAUACCGAGCCUACUGCUUGUACUUCCAGUCGUCUAUGAGACCAACAGUAGCGGAGCCCGAGUUGGAGACGGCGUGGACGCAACUGUCCAUGGACGACUGGCAGACUGUGACGGAGAUUGAAGCCAUUUUGAACCACCUGACGCAGUUCCGUCUCGAAGAGCGCGUGGCCUUACGACCAGGAGCAGUGGCGCCUUCCUAUGCGCUUCUGUUCCGACGUCUGCUCUCGGUUACAGUCAGUGUCUCCAGUCUCAAGUGUCUUUCUCUAGAGGACGACGCUGCUGUUGGCUCUUCCUCCGAGAAACGGACAACACGACGCAAGGCCAAACGGGUGGACAUGUUCACGUCAACAGGUCGUCAAUGCAUGGAACAGCUUCGAGAGCUGAUCACGCAGCACUUGGCGAGUCCUACAUCCGUGUGUGAAGUGGACGAUGAGAUCAAAGCCAUGUUGCUGGACCCCCGUAUGAGCUCCAAGGCUGGCGAUCUCGUCUCGGACACUUGUGUGUUCCGUCGCGCUCAAGAAGCUUUGCGUCAGGAGCAUCGAGCUGUUUUCCAGCUGCUUGCUGCUCGACCGAGUGAUUCGAGGUCCAGUACUGAAGAAGAGGUGGAGGAAGAGGAUGAGGACGAUGAAAUGAGUUCUCUCUUGAUGGUGGAUGGACCGAAGAACCAGCCGCCUGCUGCUGCGUCGACUACGAGUAGUGGCAGAGGUUCAAGUGAUGCUGUGGCUGAGGACGAGGCUCGAGCUUGGCGCGAAUGGCAGCAAGUGUAUGUGGCAUGGGACACUCUUGCAAGUGAGGGAGCAGACCUGUUCGACAAGGGCCAGUACAACCUACUGAAGCUGUAUCACCACGUGGAUAUCCUCAAGUGGUUCCGUGAAGUUGGUCAGCAGGCCCAUCCGGCGGCGUCUCUGCUCGCUCGCGUGUAUCUUGGUCAGCAACGUCCUCCGUCUCGGGCUCUGGGAACGUCGCUGUUGCAGUUUACGAAGCAGGAAGAGGCUGAUUGGGUUACUGGAGCUGUUGAGCGAGCUGAGAAGCGUUGCAUUCUUCACCACAAUUGGCGUCAGUAUCAGCAACUCAGUGCGGACGCAGCGGUCGUUCCAGCGAAGGAUGAAGGCAUCAAGAUUACAACUAUUUGA